AUGCUUGCGGCAAUGGGGUACCAGCCAGGACAGGGGCUGGGCCAGGCGGCCUCCGGACCCAGAGAGCCAGUGCCUCUCACGCUGAAGCAGGACCGUCUGGGACUGGGACGCCCAAGUCAGAGAGCCCUGAAGCGGGCGAGGAGGGAGGAGGCGGGGGCCGCUCAGCCUGCCAUGGCGCCUGUGCAGCUGCCAGAUUCGAGCUCUUUUCUCAGGCAAGCAGCGGCCAGGGUGGCCGCUGGCAGGGCAGCGGCGCAGCUGCGGCGUGCCCAACAGGCUUGUGAAAAUCUUGACUCCGCUGCUGGCGUCGGCAAUCGCCACGGGUUCUGGCAGACUCGAGCUGCGGCAGAGGGCCCCGAUGCCACUGCCAUGGUCGGGAGUGCCCCUGUGCUGCUGGAAGCGGAUGUGACGCCUCAGCUGGGUGAGGUGCUGCAAUACCUAAGGACACAGUACUGGUACUGCCUGUACUGUGGCACCGCAUAUGAGAAUGCAGCCGACCUGGCGUCCCACUGUCCGGGACCCUCUGAAGCAGAUCAUGCUGACAUGUGA